AUGGUUCUGCCACAUAUGUUCUUCAGAAAUCUUUGAGCAUCCUACAGCCUCUGGUAAAAUGGUUUGUGAUGCUCAAACCAUCCUCUCAUCUCUUUGUCCUUUCUUAGCUGCAGGUUUCCGAUGACCGUCUCUCGGCAUUGAACCGUAGCAGGAGCUUAACCAGAGCAUGAAAGAUGCAGUGAAUUCAGUCUCUUUCUUUGCGCUGGAAUACUCCUCCAGAGGCCGAGCUGGUGGUCGCUAUUGAGAGUAGCUAAAAGAUUGCGUUUUUAGACGCAGAGAGAAGGAAGACAUGGUGAUGACGAGCCCUAUGUUUCGAUUGGGGAACGAGGACACGGGUCCGCCAUGGCUGCGGCCGCUCCUGAAGGCGAGCUUCUUCGUCCCCUGCCAAUUUCAUGGGGAUUCCAACAAGAGCGAGUGUAACUUGUACUGCUUGGAUUGCAUGGGGAAUGCGCUCUGCUCCUACUGCCUCCCGGGCCACAAGGAUCACGACGUCGUCCAGAUUCGGAGGUCUUCGUAUCACAAUGUGAUCAGAGUGUCGGAGGUGUCCAAAUUCAUAGACAUCUCUUGCAUCCAAACCUACAUUAUCAACAGCGCCAAGAUAGUGUUCCUCAACGAGAGGCCGCAGUCGAGGCCCGGAAAGGGAGUCACCAACGCUUGCGAAAUCUGCAGCCGCAACCUCUUGGAUUCCUUCCGGUUUUGCUCCAUUGGCUGCAAGCUAGAAGGUAUGAGGACGGACCCAGAGCUCACCUUCACCCUCCACCCCAAGCCUCGCCGCGAGCCGAUGCAUGGCUCUGAAUCCGACGAGUCAUCGACCGGUCGAAAGCUGCGAAAGACCUCAGGCAUUAGCAGAAGCAUCACCCAACUCCCUGCAGCGAAAUGGGGCAACGAAGGUAGCAGCAUCUCUUCCGGGACUCCUCCCAUCGUCAUCAGCUACCGGACAUCCCGACGGAAGGGCGUGCCUCAUCGGGCUCCAUUCUAAGGUUGUGGAUAUGUACCGUGAAUAUAUAACACCAUAGGAAUAACGAAACCAAAGUGUAUGGUUCUUAGUUUCUUCUCCUUCCUAUUUGGACAUAAUGGAAGUGUGAGGAAGAAGUGGGCUUCAUGCAUCGUAUAUCGACUAGGAUACGUUCAUCUCGAGAGAUACAAAGUUUGAUUCUUUGAGGCUAAAGAGAAGAUGAAUCAGCGAGCACGAUGACAUCUUUGCAAGGAGUUGAACCUAAAAGCUCUCAUGACAUAGGGUGGAAAGGAGGUCUACUGUGAAGAACAAGAUGUCUACCAAGCCAACAGAUGUUGUGUGACUGUGCCACAACCACCGGUCGAGCUCCGGUACAUCACAUCGAGCUGUGGCUCGGUGGAGACGCAUGCAGGAGCCACCACAAGCAGGCCAGUGAUCGAUGGGGACCCCUCUCUCUCUCUCUCUCUCUCUCUCUCUCUCUAAUGCUUGAACCAUGUGUAAAGUAGACUUGUUUGCUUGUUGUUUGCUUGUCAACAAACGUGGCCUCCGAAUUCUCUAAUCCUCCCCAUGUAAAGAAGGAUGAUGUGAUGAGGCAAAGAGUAUCUGGUUUAGCAUAUGCGAUCAAAGUGUCUUCUCCAAAGUUGAGGUAAAGAACGAAAGACGAACU